GAGCGUGGACGCUCUGGCUCCUUGACUCGGAAAAGCUCUACGGUGGUUGGGCUUUGCAGGAAGAGUCCUGAAGGAAAUUGGGAGCGGCGGCUGUAAUCGGUAAUAUUAUGAAUGGUGAUGUUUGCUUCUAAAAUAAGAUUUUUGGAGGGAAAGAAUUUAUGGAUGAUCUCAGUUUUUAUAAGUAAUGUCAAUUCAAUUUCUUUUAGAUAAAUAUGUAUACCUAAUAUUUAGUACAAAAAGUCUCUGGAGUGGACAAAGGACUGGGCAACUACACUACUUUUACAGACCUAAGCUUUUUUGGAGGAUAAGCUAUGCUUCUCCUUUUAGAGUGUUACACACAAGCAGCCAAUACUAUAAAUGGGCCAGAGGCAAAACACUGUGGCAGAAGAAGUACCUCUACUGCCAUUACUGUUUGGGUUACAGAAUUUCUAAAUUUAGCACUUCUAAGGAAUUGACAAAAAACAGUCGCAUGUCACGAUUGAAGAACACUUUAGAAUCUGUCUCAAAGGCUGUGUCCGGCACUCACAGUGAACUAGUUUCACGGCUAGCUCGUCUAAAACCUCAUUCUGCUAUACUGAAGAAAUUGGUUGAAACGGAUGGGAAGGAAAAUAGUGUUUUUAUGAGCCCAGAAAAAUACAGAGAAGUCACAAGUGAAAUCUAUCAAGGGGGUUAUGAUGAUAACUCACAUGAGAAGAAGACUGUGUCUGCAGAUGGAGUCUUAGAGUCAGUCAGUACUAGUCAAGGCUCUUUGAAAGAUUCUUCAGAUAUCAAAAGUAGUCUUUUUCAUGUUAGCAAAUUUGCUACAAACUUCGGGGAAACAUACAACUUUGUAGCCCAUCACAUCAACUGGUAUUUUAGCACUGUUGGAAUGGAUCAAAGGAAGAAAGGGGAUGCUCUCCCCCCGAAGCCACCCAAUCAGGGAGAAGAAACACUUGAUUCAUCAGAAGAUGACAUAUUAAGUGAUGAAAACAGGAUGAAUGCAGUAUCUGCUUUAAUACCUGCCUCACAAUCACCAAAUGCUGGAAAAGUCAAUUCUGUUCCUUCAGCUUCCAGUAAAAAGGGUAUUUCGAGUUUUCUUUCUUACCCUAGUAACAGUGUACAGGCCUUUGUGGAUAGCUACAUUGGAGGCCUAGUGCCUAAGUUACGAUCUGAUACAAAAUGUGCUGUGCAGGAAAAGACCAAAGAACAGGAUCAAGAGGACAUUUUGAAAGAUGACAAGGAGGCUAAACGUGCAGAAGAGAAAGAAAAGAGACUAUCUCUUCAAAGAGAAAAGAUUAUUGCAAAGGUAAGUGUCGAUAACAGAACUCGGGCUUUAAGCCAAGCAUUGCGAAGAUCGUCUACUAGAAGAGUCUGCAUCAACAGAGUUGAAGAACUGACAUACCAUCUGUUGGAAUUUCCAGACAGUAGAGGAGUUGCCAUUAAGGAAAAUGUCAUUUCGUGCUUGCUGAGGCUGAGGCAGGCGAAAGAUGAAGCCCUACAGGCUGCUGUGCGAGAGGCCUUGGCUGUGAUUGGAUAUACAGAACCAGUAAAAGGGUGGGGCAUUCGAAUUCUUUCCAUUGAUGGUGGAGGAACAAGGGGCUUAGUGGCACUUCAGACUCUUCGUAAAUUAGAAGAGCUCACUGGAAAGCCCAUUCAUCAACUUUUUGACUACAUUUGUGGAGUGAGUACAGGUGCUAUAUUGGCAUUUAUGUUGGGAUUAUUCCAUAUCCCUCUGGAUGAAUGUGAAGAACUUUACCAGAAAUUAGGAUCAGAUGUCUUUAAGCAAAAUGUCAUUGUUGGAACAGUUAAAAUGGGAUGGAGCCACGCAUUUUAUGACAGUGAAAUAUGGGAGAAAAUGCUUAAGGAACGAAUGGGAUCCGAUGUUAUGUUUGAAACAGCAAGAAAUCCUAAGUGUCCUAAGGUGGCUGCCAUAAGCACCAUUGUUGGCAGAGGAACACCACUGAAAGCCUUUGUAUUUAGAAAUUACAAUCACUUCCCUGGAGUAAAGUCUCACUAUCUUGGAGGUUGCCAUUAUAAAUUAUGGCAAGCUAUCAGAGCAUCAUCUGCCGCCCCAGGUUAUUUCCAAGAAUAUGCACUGGGUAAUGACCUUCAUCAGGAUGGAGGGCUUCUUCUAAAUAAUCCUACAGCAUUAGCAGUGCAUGAGUGCAGAUGUCUUUGGCCAAAUGUCCCUUUGCAGUGUGUAGUGUCCCUGGGAACUGGUCGAUAUGAAAACAGUGGGAAAACCAAUGUCACCCAUACAAGUUUAAAAGCUAAAUUGACUAAUGUCAUUAGCAGUGCUACGGAUACUGAAGAAGUCCAUAUUAUGUUGGAUGCCCUUUUACCAUCAGACACUUACUUUAGAUUUAAUCCUCUGAUGAAUGAAGAUAUACCUCUGGAUGAAAAUCGUAAAGAAAAACUGAAUCAGUUGCGGACAGAUGGCAUCCAAUAUUUAGAAAGAAAUGAAGAGAAGUUGAAAAAAGCUGCCAAAAUAUUAGCACAGGAAAAAAACAUUUUUCAGAAACUGAGUAACUGGAUGAGAUUAAAAGCUGAUAUGUAUGAUGGCUUUCCAAUUCUGUCAAAAUUGUGAAUAUGUAAAAUGCUACACAUCAUAGGUGUAAAUGGUUGUAUAUGAAACGGGAUCAACAUUUGUUAGUCAUUAUGUAUUUUUUUUAAUUCAAUGAGCAAACAAGCUAUAUAAAAUGCAUUUCAAUCUCAGUAGCUUGUUGCUAGCUUCUUUGAUUGGAUCUGAAGGUCCUGUGUGCAAACAGAAGGAAAACCUGCCAGUCUCUUUCUUCCUUGUCUCCCUGUCUGCCAUCCACACACUUGAUGUUUGUCUAGGCCCUUGAAGCCAGUAUUUGGCAGGAUAUGAAUGUGCACAUCAGCAGUAAUUAUGACCAUUGCUGAUGCUUUUUUCUGCAAAGAGAACUCUUAAGAAAAUGGGGGGUUCAUGAUUUUAUGAUUUCUUGAAGUAUAUAUGAGUGUUUCAGAACCUCACUUCACACCACUUAAAUUCAAGUGCUGGUAUACUUUUUUUUUUAAACCUGAAGUCUAAAUUUGUGACAAUUAUGGUACAAAACUUUUAUUAUAUUGUGAAUGCACACCAAAAAUCAUGCAGUUUACAAAAUCAUACUGUGCUUAUGUAUUAUUGAAAGAUUACAGUGUGAGAAGAACCAUAACAAAUACCUUGCUCUGCAAAUAAUUGAGCCAAAGUUAAUAAAACAUUUUAAGUCCCAUUGAGAUUAAUGACAAUAAACAGACUUAAAUCCAUUGGUAGUAUUUCAGCUAGUUUGCUGAUUGAAUUACUAUAUAUUAUAGACUUGCAGUACACUGCCAUUAAAUGUCAUGAAAAUUGCCUGAUGACAAGAUCUGUGCAUGUAAACUUUUGUUUUAAAAUGUUAACAGUGUUUUGUAGUAUGUAAUGCUUUAACCCAUUUUACUUUAUCCUAUUCAGUAUUUGACAUAUUACAAUAAAGUCCAUCACACUUAA